AUGAAUGAUAACGAAACAUAUCUAUUAGACUUAGAUGAUGAUUUAUCGGAAAAAGAUUGGAAUGGUCCAAAACGAUCAAUAUGUACUCGUUGUGAACGACCGGAAUUAGUUUGUCUUUGCUCGCAUUUACCUUCAACGCCUAUUCGUCUCAAUCAUACAUCGGUUGUUAUAUUUCAACAUCCGAAUGAAAUCAAACGACCAUUGGGUACCGUACAAUUACUCUCUAAAUGUAUUGAUCCAUCAUCACUAACUGUCGUACGUGCAAGACAAUUUCCAGGAAAAUAUUAUUCAGAUAUAUAUUCAAAUCCGAAUACUUAUUUACUUUUUCCAAAUGCAAAUGCUGUUCUAUUAGACGAUGUUAUUAAUGAAAGUGAUCAUUAUACUAUCAUAGCGCUCGAUGGUACAUGGAACGAAGCUAUGGGUAUUUAUCAUCGACAUAGUGAAUUACAAGCGCUAAAAACAUGUUAUGUUAAAAUUGAUCAAAAAUCUGAAUUUGUUAUUCGUACACAGCCAACCAAAGAAACAGCAUCAACAUUAGAAACAAUAGCCUAUGCAUUAAAAUCGACAGAAAAAGAUAGCCCAACAUUAUUCGAUGAUAUUGUCCGACCAUUGAAGCGUAUGGUAGAAUUACAGUUAAAUUUAGGUGCUGUUGUACACGAAGCUAAAUUAAGUUUGAUCGAAAAAGGUGAAACAAGAAGACACUAUAGUAAAAAACAUGAGCGAUGGCUUAUGACACUUCAACAUUAA